AUGUUCCAAUCCACGCACAACCGUCCCUACCACAACGGCCUCCUCUCCUUAUUCCUCCUCUGUCACUCUUUUACUGCACUUGCCUCCCCGCCCAGCCGUGCCUCAGUCCCAGUCUAUUCUCCUUCUCCGCCAGUGUAUUCCGCCAACUUCCUCGAACUUGGCACCAACAAGCCAUCUCCCCCGGUUGCUGCAGCAGAGGCGCUACCGACGACGCAGGGACCAAUGCCAGUGAUGCUACCGACCAACGGCGCGGCGACCGGAGCCCUCGUCCCCUCGGCGCCCUUCCCAGAGGAACCGGCUACGAUGGAAGAAUCAGCCCUCUCCAACCUGCGCGAAGUCGUCUCGCCCACUGCCUCCGAGCAGCAAGAUCAAGCGUGGGGCGCGACGAGGACCGAAGGCGUUAACAGCUUCAUCCGGCAGCAACCAACCUACACCCCCGAAGUGGAUGGUGGUCAGGAGUGCCCAGUCACAGAAUGCAAGGAUUACAUGAAUAUGUCUUGCUUCAGCAGAUAUGGCGGGUAA